UCGCGCUCCCGCCGGGCCCGCUCCCGUGGGCCCGCUCCCGGGCGGCGUGGCGCGGCGCGGCGCGGGAGGCCUUCCCGUUCCCCGCUGCGUCCGAGGCCCCCGCGCCGCUUUCCGGCCGGGGCGGCUCUUCGCGGCGGCCCGAGGAGCUGCGGGGGGCGGUCGGGAGGUGGGCGCGGGGCCCGGCCCGCUCCUGACGCUGCUCCGGGCGGAGCCGAUCGGCGGGUCUGCUCGGCCACGGCGGGGGGUGGCACCGGGGCCUGGCCGGGCCCGCCGCCGUCGUCGGUAGCACCUUUCGGGCGGGGCCCGCCGGCGGCCGCGGCAGCUGGUGGCUGCAGCGCUCUGAGGGAAGAAGGGAAUUUCUUCAGAAGCUCUGCGUUCGGAUAUCGGAAGUAACUGCCGGCUAGUGCUUCUGAAAGUAAUUCGCAACACUAAAUUUGUAAUGAAAUGGAGUCUGGGUCAAGCUCUUUUCGAGUGGAAUUUCCAGAUUUUUCUAGCACCAUUUUGCAGAAGUUAAACCAGCAGCGCCAGCAAGGACAAUUAUGUGAUGUGUCCAUUGUAGUUCAGGGCCAUCUCUUCAGAGCCCAUAAAGCUGUUCUUGCAGCUAGUUCACCUUACUUCUGCGAUCAGGUUCUCCUAAAAAACAGCAGGCGAAUAGUCCUGCCUGAUGUGAUGAAUCCCAGAGUAUUUGAAAACAUUCUUCUGUCUACCUAUACGGGUCGGCUGGUAAUGCCUGCUCCAGAAAUUGUUAGUUAUUUGACAGCAGCAAGUUUCCUUCAGAUGUGGCAUGUAGUGGAUAAAUGCACUGAAGUGUUAGAGGGGAAUCCAACCGUUCUGUGCCAGAAGAUGAACCAUGGCAGUGAUCAUCAGUCCCCGAGCAGCAGUAGUUACAAUGGCCUUGUUGAAACCUUUGAACUUGGCUCUGGAGGACAGACGGAAUUCCACAAAGUUCAGGAACUAAGGGAUGGUGAAAAUGAGGAAGAGAGCUCUAAAGAUGAACUGUCAUGUCAGCUGACGGAACAUGAGUACCUUCCCAGUAAUUCUUCAACAGAACAUGACAGACUUAGCACUGGAAUGACAAGUCAGGAUGGUGAAGAAGGAACUAGUGACAGUGCAGAGUAUCAGUAUACCAGACCUAUGUAUAGCAAGCCCAGCAUCAUGUCUCACAAGCGGUGGAUCCAUGUGAAACCAGAAAGAUUUGAACAAGACUGUGAAGGUGUUGAUAACCCUUAUGAUGAACACCAAGUUUCUGAAUCCAUGAAUACCAUUCAGGCAGAUCACUCAAUCCAGUCUUCAGGUGUUGAAGACUUUCAUAUAGGUGACAAAAAGAUGGAAGCGGAAUUUGAUGAACAAGCAGAUGAAAGUAAUUAUGAUGAACAAGUUGACUUCUACGGCUCUUCUAUGGAAGAAUUUUCUGGUGAAAGGGCAGAUGGAAAUUUAAGUGCUCACAGACAGGAUCUUAUGAUAGCAGCAGGCUACGGUGAAAGCAUUGAAAUGGCUACGGGAAUUAAAGAAGAAACGUCCCUCACUGGGUUCUCGCAUGCUGAUAAGCUAUAUCCUUGUCAGUGUGGUAAAAGCUUUACACACAAAAGUCAGAGAGAUCGGCAUAUGAGUAUGCACCUUGGUCUUCGACCUUAUGGCUGUGGUGUCUGUGGUAAGAAAUUCAAAAUGAAACACCAUCUUGUAGGCCAUAUGAAAAUUCAUACAGGCAUAAAACCAUAUGAGUGUAACAUCUGUGGGAAAAGAUUUAUGUGGCGGGACAGUUUUCAUCGGCAUGUGACCUCUUGUACCAAGUCAUAUCAAGCUUCUAAAGCUGAGCAGAGUACUUCUGAGAUGAACUAAGACAUUAGUCGUUACAUUUGUUUAGUAGAGUAAGCAAAAUAAACUAAUUAUGCAAAUAAUGUCUGGUACUUGCUAUUGUAAAUUCUAAAAAAAAAAAACAAGUUUCAAUUAUUAUGCUGGUAUAAGCAGACCAAACUUCUAUUUAUUUUCCACAGUAUUGCUCUAGGUGUUCGAUGUGCGAAGUGCAAAUGGUUAAUCUGAAAGGCGCUUGCAAAAUGAGGUCUGUAAGGUCUUUGUGACAUCGAUUGUAAUCACAGCAGUACUUAACAAGCCCUGUUGUUUUUCUGUGUCUUCUAAAUUCACACUAAAACCCAGCUCUAAAUUGACUCAAAUCCUGCAAAUACUUGCACGAAGGAGGAGUUUAAGUAGCCCUACUUAAUGAAAAAGAGAGCUAGGAUGAUCCAGCCAGGUUACAUGAUUCACAUUUUAAUGAAAAAAAUUAGAAUUCCACCUCAAACUGGAGACUGCUGACAUACUUAACAAGCAUCAUUAGAUUGUCUAUGUCAUUAAAUAGCCAUUGCUGUAUUGCUUAAUGAAAGGCUGUGUUAAAGAUAGUUUAGCUUUCUUUUGUCUUCCAUUUUUUUUAUCCAAAUGUUGUCUAAUUCUGUGCUGAUUUCUCUUUAGAGUCUGUAAAGCACUUAAAUAUGUUUGAGCACUGUAUAAACUUCAAUCUGUAUUAAGCCUAAUUUGUCUUUGCUCCUCUAGGUUCUAAUGCUGUAUGACUCUUGGCUUGACUUCAUUUUGAUUGCUAUAUCGUGAGAGCUUGUGGGAGUAUGUGUAAUAAGUAUGUCUUGUCAAAAAAAAAAAAAAAGUGUAACAUUCGGAACUUACCCAAAACAAUCAAACAUUUAAACUGUAGUUUUCUGCUCAGAUUUUUGUGGCUUACUACAGUAGCAAGUACCAAACUGUGGAUUUAUGAAUUGACUUAUUGGUACAAGAACAUCUUUGAGAACUUCUAUCUAGUUUUAGGAACCUGCUUUAGGAAAAUGAUUUAGUCAUUGAUAGGUAUUUAUACUUUUUAAUUCUUUGCUCUUUGGAUAGUAAGAACUAUAAUAUAGAUUCUUGGUACUGAACUACUGUGACUGGUUACGCACGAUCACAAGCAGAGAGAGUUGUUUACCUCUUCAAAUGAAGUUGCUUGUGUUAAAAAAAAAAAAAGUAGGAAGUAUGGUCUUUGGAUCUAUUAAUGGUACUGCAGAACAUGGUACCAUGCUCGUGUCCGAAGUCUGGAUUUUCGCUGGGAAAGUGGCACUUCUGCUUCAUUAGGAUGAGGAUCUAUAUGCUGGGCUCUCAUUCCUGGAGACAGAUGGAGGAGCGUUUGUAGUUCUGAGGGAUGCUGCCAGCUCUGCAGGUAGAGUGAAUGCAUGAGUUGUAAAGGUGGCAAAAGGAUUUUGGGGUUGAAUGCUUAAUGCAGUCCUAUGCAAAAGCAAUUAACCCAUCUUUGUAGUUUACUGAAACAUAUAAAAAGAAAAGAGCCUUUAAAGCAUAUGUAGACUAUAAUAGAAAGAGGUGAUGUCCAAGUAUAGUGCUGGUAACGGGGUCGGGGGGGGAGUUAACCAGCAUCAAAGGCCAAAGCCUGUCUGGCCCCAAUUUAUGUAUUAGAUUGGGUUGGACGAGAUGAUCUCCAGAGGUCCCUUCCAACCCCUGCCAUUCUGUGAUUCUGUGAUACUGCAAUAUGCAGGAUAACGUACUUAAACAGAUGACCCUGUAUGGUGAAGCAAAACCACACAAAGAUAAUUACUAUUUAGAUGCUUUUUUUGAACUCCCAGUUACAAAUUGUCUUAAGAUAGAACCGAACUGUGUCCUGAACAUGAAUGUCUGGUACAAGCUGGGGGUAUACUACUCAGUGGGCUGUAAUUACUGUAACUUCUUUUCUGGCAUUCUACUUACAAACUUUAAUUUUUUUAAGAGGCUCUUAAUUCUUAAUCUUCUAAUGCUUCAGAUAUUUUUCAUAUGGAAUUUUGUUAAAACAGAUAUUCCCAAAUAAGAUGAACCCAUUGCUGGCAAUGGGCAUGAAUGGUCAGCACCACAGAGUUCCUAUUCUUAGCACUUAAUUGAACUCUACAGUAUACCAUGGUGGCCAUAUAUAACCCUUGUAAUCAAGGUAACUAAACAGGGAUUUGCUCACUAACACUGUAACCUGCUUAAUGUAUAGAAGCACUUUGUAUUUAAAAAAAAAUCAUAAAACUUUGUAAGUAUGUUUUUUAAACUUAGAAAUUAUAUUCCCUUUAUCGUUUGUUUCCACACUGCUAACACUGUCUUUUUUAAUAUUAAAAAAAAAAUUAUAAUGCUUGCCUGUUUACAUGAGUGUAGAGGAAAGGUUUCUUGCACUCAGUGGCCCUAUUUUUUCCAUUCUCCAAGGCCUUAUUACAUACAGGGUGUCAUUUCUGCAAGUACCAUCAUCACAUUUGGGGGAAGGUAUUCUCAUACUCAUUUCAAGAAUGAUCUUGUAUAUUACAUUAGUGCUCAACCCCUUUCAAGUCAUCACUUCAGUGUUGCAUAAAAAGGUUAAGGGUGCCUCUUCCCAUGUAACCAUAGAAAAGGCUGGUCAGAAACACCAGGCUGAAAACCAUGGUCAAGCAAAAAAUUAUUUCUGUUAAACCCAGGCCGUCCUACAGAGCUGCCAGCAAAACUGUUUCUUUUACCAGCUUGGAAUGACUUUUAUACGGGACGUUUCAAAGUUAAACAUUACUCCUAUCUGCAGUUAAGUUACUUUGAAAUAAAGCUUUAAAAUGUACUGCGAGAGACACUUUAAAGGUUUUAUAACAGGUCCAGUAGAUCAUAUUAUAGAACCAUGUCCUUUUUUAAUGACUUAGCAUGAAUAGUAACUUUUUAAUAUUUGCUUAUUACUGUUUUGCCCCAUAUUUUGACAUUGUCUUGAAAGUCCAACAAAUGUUGCUUCUCUGAUUUUGUAGCAUUUGGCUUUCUGAUUUUAAUUUACAUGAAAACAAAUGAUUUUGGGAAAAUACUGAUGUGAUUGUUAUGAGAUCUGGUUGAGAGGAUUGGUGAUUUAAGGGAAGCUCGAGAUACAUGUCUAAAAUCCUUACUUUUGCUUAACACAGGCAAAACAGUUGACUUGUGGUGUUUUUCCUGAAUUUAAUUUAUUGCCCUUUGACAAAAUUCUAAUCACUCAUUCAGGUAUUGAAGAGAAAAAAAGGUUACAAAAAAUUACUUAAACACUUAAGGAGACAUUUUUCCUCCCCCUUCCUCAGGCUCAUCUUAAGUCUAAUGCCUCUCCUCCUGCUUUUGUAGUCUGUUUCCCUUGUUCUCAUCGAGAGUUGCGCUCAGUCCGUGCCAGUUCUUGGAGUGAGGUGACAGAUCACACAGGAGGUUGGGCUUAUAUGCAUACUGGCUUGUCUGAUGCGCUUCACAUCUUAUGGGCGUCCUCUGCUGCUCUGGGCAGGUCGGUGUCACUGUUCAUGGUGACACCAGGCCAUAGUCCCCUCAGGGAUGUGCCAGUUCCAGCUUGGGUCUCCUGUGGGUCGCGGUUACUUCAGAGGAGUACCUGCUCUGGAAUGGCUUACCUAGGGUCCAAAGUCCCUCAGAAGUUAACCUCCUUAGGCAUGGAGCGUGCCCCCUUCUGUGAGCGUGUGUGCCCCUAUCCAUGUCCUCAGAGUAUUCUCCAUGUGUUUUCCCAAGAGCAGCUCUUCAGUAUCUCCACGUGUUUCUUCCCCAGGAGUAUCUCCUUAUCUGUCUCCCUGCACCUCUUGCUAGCAGCUGCCACUUUCUUAAAUAUGUUUAAGGAGAGGCACUGCAUGCACCUCUGGUUGAAGUUUUGGCAUGCAAGGGGUUGUUUACAUCAGUUUCAGUGCAGGCUAGAACCUGUUCUGACUAGCACAGGGCAGUGUGCAGCCUCUUGCCACAUACCGCCCUGCAGUUUAUGGCCAAUACAGUUGUACAGAGUAAACCAAGAUGUGCAGAUAGAUGCAGCUGCUUAAUCUUUGCUAAUGGAGUGGUCUUGUUCAAGAUACAGGAAAUUAUUUGUUUGUGGGGAGGAGGGAAGCAAUCCAUAUAUAUAUAUAUAUAAAAACAUGAAUGCAUAUGUAUAUGAUAAAUUUCAUUAAUCUUCCCUUAUGCUUCAUCACCUUUAAUGAUACAGCUUAGAAACAUUUUUGCAUUUUCAUAUUGCUCGCUGUUGGCUGUAGUAAAGUGAAUGUCUUCUGAAAACCAGAAUCGUCGUACACACAGGAGGCUUUCAGAAUUUCCUGCUACUGCGAAGCCAUUCAUUGACCUAUCAGUGGUAAGAACAUGUAAUGAUACUACAGCUAAGUUCCUUUUCAUUCCAUUUUGUAACUAAGAUGUUAAUUACUGUGGAAUCUGUGUAACUGCCAUUCUGAAAAGUUCAACUAUUAGCAGGGUUAAGAUCUCUGCUUAGGUGUAUAUCUGAUCCUUUUGAGGGAGGAGGUUCCUAUUUCACACACCACUGUUGGGUUUGUUUGUUUUGUUUUGUCUUUUAAACAUGACCUUGUUUGUUGUAUGGGUGAGCAGGUAGUCUCUAGAAGGUACUGUCAGUAGAAUUUUUGGUUGUAGUUUUUUUUUCAUCUGAGGUGUUUCUGGGGUUGAGAAACUUUGUCCCGUACCAAAAGCAAGGCGGACGAUCAGAGGCUGAUGUAUUGGGUUUCUUGGUGUAAAAAGAACACGUGAUGAUGUCCCUGUAUAUUUGAGCCUGAAAGAAUGGAGGCACAUCAGGUCUUGUAAUCUCAGCACUUCUAUGUUGGUGCCAGAAAGGUGACCUGUCUCUGAAUUAUGAGAGCCUACAGCAGUAUAUUGAGUGUUUUAAAAGAAUUAGAACCUUUCUCAAAACAACAAAGGAAGUUGUUUCUUUAUUUAAAUGCUUCAUUGGAUAGCUAGGCUUCUUUAGCUAUAAGCUGUAAACUGCCAGUGCCCUAGGGGAAGAUGCUGGAAAACAAAAUGGUAUAUUUUUAAUGUGAUUAAAUUGUAAGUUCCGAUUUUUGCUUGAA